GGGACAGGGUAGAUUAUUGAGUAUAACUGCCAGUGUGACUGACUAUAUCAUUGAUCCGCUUCGCAUUGCCGGACUCGGAGUCGUUGUCUGGUCGAGGAGGAGAUGUCCGUCGGUCGUGUUUCGUUGACGGGUUGACUGACGGUUGUCCGAGGUUGAUAACGCUCCUCUCCAGGAGAUGGGGGACGGGCGAUGUCAGAUGCUAAAACGUAGCAUAUUGUCAUGAACCCUUCAUAUACACUACUAGUACGGUACAUAGAGUCCUCCGGCUUUAUCUUUCAAGGAAAGCGAGUCAAUGACUACUAGUAGCAUCUGGCUUGUGAUUACUCUUUAUUGAACAACCUGAACCCCAAUCGGCAACGUCCAUCCAUCUCAGACUCGAUAAGAACCUCGUUCUCGACUCUUGAUUCAAAGUCGACCUGUAAACAUUGUGUCAGUCAUAGGUCUUUUUCUGAAACUCGUCCAAAGAGGAACUUCUCUCCUGCCUAUAACGGGUCUGAGACGUAACACGGUCAGCAUAUCAGAUCAUCUCGGGAAACCACAGUGUUCUCGGUCUUUUCGAGCACAGCAUUUCAUCCUAUCAAGAAAACAGGACCAGGACCACUGCACCCAGGCCAGUCACAUCAAGAUGCCGCAACUGUCAAAGGAGCUGAUCGAAUCGAUCACCAAGUCCGUCUCGGACAACUUCGACGCGCAAAUCGCAUACACACAGUCCCUGAUCCGGUUUGGCGGACAACGCGGCGAGGAAGGCCCCGUGCAGGACUUUGUGUUCCAACAGUUCGCCGACCGAGGCUACUCGCCCGUCAAGUUCGACAUGGACGAAACCCUGCUAGCGAGUCACGUUGGCGGGGGCAAGUUCAGUCCAACCCACUCCAAGGCGCCCAUUGUCGUGGGUGUGCAUAAGUCGCAACAACAGUGCAGUCACGGCAAGAGUCUGAUCUUGAACGCCCACAUCGAUAUCGUGCCCACUGGGCCCGUGGACUUGUGGACCCACCACCCGUAUAGCGCACAUAUCGAGGGUGACAGGCUUUAUGGCCGAGGCGGUGCGGAUAUGCGGGCGGGCAGCGCGGCCAAUCUGUACGCCCUAGAUGCUUUGCGUCGGCUCGGUCUGCAGCCUGCUUCGGAGGUUAUUCUAGAGUCUGUGGUCGAGGAGGAAUCCACUGGCAAUGGGACCUUGAUGACCCACUUGAAGGGCUAUAAGGCCGAUGCUGUGCUGAUUCCGGAACCGGAAGAAGAAAUGCUCGUGAGGGCUAAUGUCGGGGUCUUGUGGUUCUCGGUCGAGGUGCGCGGGACUCCGGUGCAUGUGAGGGAGAUGGGGGCAGGAAUGAAUGCACUCGACGCAUGCUGGAGGGUGGUCGGGGCGUUGAGGGAAUUGGAACAAGAAUGGAAUCAGAGGAAGGUCGGGUUGGAGCAUUUUGAGAACGAGGAGCAUCCCCUGAAUUUGAACGUCGCCAUGAUCAACGGAGGAGACUGGCAGUCUUCCGUUCCGGCAUGGUGUCGGGUUGAUUGCCGGAUUUCCAUUUUCCCAGGGGUCAGUGCAAAGUCUGCGGCGGAGGAGAUUGAGAAGAAAGUGGCCGAGUUCGCACAGACAGAUUCAUUCUUGAGCAAGACUCCUCCCAAAGUCAUCUGGAAUGGUUUCUUCGCCGAGGGAUAUGUGCUUCAGCCAGGAAGCGAGGCCGAGAACACGCUUCGGAGGGCUCAUCAGCAUGCAACAGGCGAAGACCUGAAGACCUUCAUGACGGCGGGCUAUUUGGACACACGGGUUCAUGCCCUGUACGACAAGAUCCCGGCGUUGUGCUAUGGCCCAAUCAGUUCACACAUUCACGGCUUUGAUGAAUGGGUCAGUAUCAAGAGCUUGAAGAGGAUCACAACUGCCAUUGCACUGUUCAUUGCAGAAUGGUGUGGUGUGGAAGAGAUAAACACAAAGUGAUGCUAAAAGCUUGUUCUGAUCUAGGCAGAUGUAGAUGGUUGAGGAUACUCCACUGGCAGAUCAAUAUCAAUGACAAUCGGCUUGUGAAACUGUUUGCCGCCUGGAUGUGGAUAAUUCGAAGCCAUAAAAGCAGCAUUCACGAUGCAAGUUUCCGCUCUCCCU